AACCGUAACAACAACCCCAACAACGCUAACAACAACCCCAACAACAACCCCAACAACCCUAACAACAACAACAACCCUAACAACAACAACAACCCUAACAACAACAACAACCCUAACAACAACAACAACCCUAACAACAACAACCCUAACAACAACAACAACCCCAACAACAACCCCAACAACCCUAACAACAACAACAACCCUAACAACAACAACAACCCUAACAACAACAACAACCCUAACAACAACAACAACCCUAACAACAACAACAACCCUAACAACAACCCCAACACCAAUAACAACCCCAAUAACAACAACCCCAACAACGCUAACAACAACAACCCCAACACCAAUAACAACCCCAAUAACAACAACCCCAACAACGCUAACAACAACAACAACCCUAACAACAACCCCAACAACCCUAACAACAACAACCCUAACAACAAACCCAACAACACCAACAACAACAACAACCCUAACAACAACAACAACCCUAACAACAACCCCAACACCAAUAACAACCCCAAUAACAACAACCCCAACAACGCUAACAACAACCCCAACAACCCUAACAACAACAACAACCCUAACAACAACAACCCCAACAACGCUAACAACAACCCCAACAACCCUAACAACAACCCCAACAACGCUAACAACAACCCCAACAACCCUAACAACAACAACAACCCUAACAACAACAACAACCCUAACAACAACAACAACCCUAACAACAACCCCAACAACGCUAACAACAACCCCAGCAACCCUAACAACAACAACAACCCUAACAACAACAACCCUAACAACAACCCCAACAACGCUAACAACAACCCCAACAACCCUAACAACAACAACAACCCUAACAACAACCCUAACAACAACAACAACCCUAACAACAACAACAACCCUAACAACAACCCCAACACCAAUAACAACCCCAAUAACAACAACCCCAAUAACAACAACGCCAACCCUAACAACAAACCCAACAACAACCCCAAUAACAACCCCAAUAACAACCCCAACAACAAUCCCAAUAACAAACCUAACAACCCCAAUAACAAACCUAACAACCCCAAUAACAAACCUAACAACCCCAAUAACAAACCUAACAACCCCAAUAACAAACCUAACAACCCCAAUAACAACAACCCCAAUAACAAACCUAACAACCCCAAUAACAAACCUAACAACCCCAAUAACAACAACCCCAAUAACAACACCAAUAACAAACCUAACAACGCCAACAACAACCCCAAUAACAACCCCAAUAACAAACCUAACAACAACCCCAAUAACAACAACCCCAAUAACAACAACGCCAACAACAACCAAUAA